UGGCUCCAUAGCCAGCUCCCCCAGGAGCGAGCCGGCGGAGUCCUAUAAAAACCGCCGCGAGUGCCACGAAACCUCGCAUCGCACCACACCACGCGGAGGGAUUAAAAACUAGUUGGCCUCCAGCGCGAGCACUAACUUGUACUUGCACCGGUUGCGCCGUGCAAGAAGCCAAGAAGCUAGGCGCAGCGACGGCGGCGAAUCGUUGCAGUGCUUGCACCAGCCGCCAUGCAGGGGGAGGAGAAAAAGGGGAAGGUGAAGAAGGGGUGGCUGGCUGUGCGGGUCGGGGCGGAGGGCGGCGACGACAGCGGGUCCCGGCGGUUCGUCAUCCCCAUCGCGUACCUGUACCACCCGCUGUUCCGGCGGCUGCUGGAGGCGGCGCGCGACGCCUACGGCUACGACUACUCGGCGGGGCCGCUGCGGCUGCCGUGCUCCGUCGACGAGUUCCUCCGGCUGCGCGCGCUCAUCGAGCGGGAGACGCAGGCUGCCGCGGGCGGGUCGGCCUCCUCCUCGUCGCACCGCGUGCACGCCGGCGGCGGGCACCACCACCACUCCCUCUCCCCGUGCACCCGCGCUAAGGUCAGCUCGUGAUCAGGCCCGCCUGAUCGAGUCGAGCUCGGCUUUCGUGCGUGCACCGCGACCGUGAGGAGUCCAUGUCCAUCGAUCGAGCCGGAGGUGUAGAGAGGGAGAGAGGAGAGGCAGUAGCUAGUAGGCGCUUAUGGUUUUGGUUUUGGCUCCCGCCUUUUACUUCUGAUUUUGCAGAUGCAUGUACUAUACUACAAUUAACAGAUCGAUCAGUUGAAUUAACAAUCCACACAGCUCUUCACAUGUUCA